AUGGAUUUCAAGAACUUUGGCAAGAAUCUCUCGGACUUUGGUGCCCAGAUCACCCCUUUCGCCUCGAGGACGUUCCAGUACACCAAGGAACAGCUUGGGCAGGCGGAGGACAAGACCCAGCUCCCCCCUGACUACAUCGACCUCGAGAAGCGAGUGGAUGCCCUGAAGCAGGUCCAUCAGAAGAUGCUUGCUGUGACCUCGCAGUACUCGCACGAGGCCUACGACUACCCGCCGAACCUCAAGGAGACCUUCCAGGAUCUCGGCCGCACCGUCAGCGAGAAGGUCCAUCUUCUCUCGAACGCCACCUCCCCCGCCGAGGCCCAGGCCGCCCUCACCGCACCGCCUACCGCCAAGCCCCAGCCCAAGACCUUCCCUCACGCCCUCGCCAGAGCCUCCCUCGCCAGCAGCCAGAGCCUGCACCAGCAGCACACGGGUGCUGGUGAGGAUCCCCUGGCUAAUGCGCUUGAGAAGUAUGCGCUUGCUAUGGAGCGCGUGGGCGAGGCUCGCCUGGCCCAGGACGCUCAGAUACAGAGCCACUUCCUGGCUGGCUGGAACACCACCCUCAACACCAACCUGAUGUUCGCUACCCGCGCUCGCAAGAACGUCGAGAAGGCGCGCCUUACCCUGGACGCCGCCAAGGCCCGCGCCAAGGGCACCACCUGGAAGCUCGGUGCUGGCGCCAACCCCAACCAGGAGGCUCAGGAGCACGAGAUCAGCCCCGAGGCCCAGGAGGAGAUCGAGAAGGCCGAGGACGAGUUCGUCACUCAGACCGAAGAGGCCGUUGGUGUCAUGAAGAAUGUCCUGGACACCCCGGAGCCGCUCCGCAACCUUGCUGAGCUCAUCGCCGCCCAGAUGGAGUACCACAAGAAGGCAUACGAGAUCCUGAGCGAGCUCGCGCCCGCCAUCGACUCUCUGCAGGUAUCCCACCUUCCUUCACCACUCUUCCGAACUACACGCUUCUUCCCUGACAAAGAGCGCCAGCGUCUCUUUGGCCAGCUGUACAAGAUGCUGCCCCUCGGCCUUUUGAAUGCCGCCCAAGGGCACCCCAUGCUCGUGGAGCUCAAGAACGGCGAGACACUCAACGGACAUCUGGUCCAGUGCGACACGUGGAUGAACCUUACCUUGAAGGAGGUGGUGCAGACGAGCCCUGUAGGUCGUGCUUGGAUCGCUGAGCCCACGGAAACUGACAUGCUGUGGCAGGACGGAGACAAGUUCAUGCGACUACCGGAAGCCUAUGUCAAGGGCAACAACGUGAGAGACGCUAGACACGAUCAAUCAGCGGUUCCGUUUUUACUAACGUCGUCUUUUCGACAGAUCAAAUUCCUGCGAAUUCCCGACGAGAUCAUCGACGUCGCAAAGGAGCAGCAGCAGUCGCACCAGGGCGGCUCGAGGGGAGGACGCGGCGGCUCAAGAGGGGACCACGGCUCCAGAGGAAGCGACAGGGGCCGUGGUGGGAGAGGCGGCGGCAGAGGCCGUGGUAAUCGGGGCCGUGGAGCAACUGCUUGA